GUUCCUGUCACUCAGUUAAAUUAUUUUUUUUUUUUUGAAGUUCAUGGAUUUCUGUCACAUAUUUUACCAUCAACAGAGACCCUCAUACAGGUGUGACUUCGUGGCAGUAAACACAAACGGGCCUCUUGGAAAGGAAUGCUGCCCUGCAAACAAGUAUGGAACCACCURCUGUUAUUCUGAUACGUUAAGACAGCAGACUUCCUUGUUGACUUUGCACAUUAUACUUCACCUGCCUGUYAAUGAAGAAGCACCUGCAGAUGGGAGGUAAAGAUCCGAGUCAAGAAGUCAAGUGAGUGUCAUAGAUUUUGUCAAGGAGCGUUACAAGAGAGGAGCAAUACAUAGCAAAAACACAAAAAAGACUUUCAUCAUGUUUAUGUCAAAACCAGAGGAGCAACUUGCCCAGGAGCUGAGCUGUCCCAUCUGCCUUCAGCUCUUCUGUGAUCCGGUGGUUCUUCCUUGCGGGCACAACUAUUGCCGAGCUUGUAUCGUCAAAACCGCUCAGUCCACCGAGAACACCGGUAAAACACCUCCUCGAUGCCCGGAGUGUCGCGAAGAGUACGAGGGUCUGGCCAUCUUGCAGAAAAACUUCAAACUUUCCAACAUCGUUGACGGUUAUCGAGCUUCUACAACCCAAAUAUAUGAGGAGAUUGUGAUCGAGCCCGAAACCGGGUCCAAGAAAACGACGGUUUUCUGCGACCACUGCAUUGACGCCCCACUGCCGGCGGUGAAGACCUGCCUGAAGUGUGAGGUCCGUCUGUGCUCCAGGCAUCUGCAGAAGCACAACGAGAAGGAGUCCUUCAAGGGCCACUCUUUGAUGGAGCCCCAGACUGAGCUGCUGGGGACGAGGAGCUGUUCCAAACACCACCUUCCCCUGGAGUACUUUUGUUCCAAUGACGUGACCACCCUGUGCUCCACGUGCUUCGUGGAGGGCCAUCACCAGGACCACGAUGUUCUCACCUUCAGCGCGGCCGAGGACGAGAUGAGAAGAGCACUGGAGAGUCGCAGCAAGAUAAUUUCCAGCAGACUGCAGAUGACCGAGAGCCUGCUGAACAGGACCAUGGAGGAUCAGGGAGCCUCUGAGGCCACWGGAGACAGAAUGGUCAGCAAGGCCGUCACCCUCAUGGACAGCAUGGCUGGGAUGGUGGAGAGGUACAGGGAGCGGCUGUGCACGCUGCUGGAAGAGGAGCGAGGGCAGCGUCGAAAAAGCUUUCAGAUGGGAGUGAGUGCACUGGAAGAGCAACAGCAGCAGCUGCUUGAGGCACAGAAGAGUGCUGCACAGACCCUCACUGAGACCGACACAUGUGUUUUUAUACACAGAUUUAUCAUGAUUGAUCAGAAACUGAGAGAUAAUGUCACAGGGAGUAUUUCCACUACGAUCCCCUCAAAGGCUCCACUCAACACCAAACGUCUCCAGGCAGAGCUCAAAACCCAAGACUUCCGAACGGAAAUGGUCCGCCUCCUGGACAGCCUUCAUGUCCUCCUGGACCCCAUGGAGCUUACCUUCAACAUCUGCACCGUCCACCCCAGUUUGGUGGUGUCCACUGACCUGCGCACGGUCCGGUACAGCCCCACAAAACAGUCCUACGUGGAUCAUCCUGACCGUUUCACCAGCGCAUCUCAGAUUCUCUGCAGCCAGAGCUUUUCGGGCGGCACGCACGUGUGGGUGGUAGAAGUGGGGGCCAAUUGCAUGUGGUCCCUUGGGGUGUGCUACAAGAGCAUCCCUCGCCGGGGGGACCACAGCCGCCUGGGGCACAACACAAUGUCCUGGAGACUGCAGAGGAAGAACGGGAAGCUGACUGUGUGCACGGCCUCCAGUAACAUCGCCUUGUCCGAAAUGGUAAUUCCUCCAACCAAGAUUGAGAUUGUUCUCGACUACGAGGGAGGAGCAUUAACCUUCAACAGCAUCAAAGGGCGCAGGGAGCUCCUCUACACCUUCCGAGCUGUGUUCAAAGAGCCAGUUUACCCAGCAUUCAGUAUACAUUCAAACACUCCCGAGUCUUGGAUCACACUACAGAGUGGAAUGUGAGGCCAAAAAAACUCAUUAGGUGCCUUUAUGUACAUUUUCCUUUGUACUCUUGCAUUUACGUUUGCUUGUCUAAAUUUCUUCAUGUGAAAAAAAUAUAAUAAUAAAUAAAAAAUGUAUUUUAAAAUUUUACUUUUAUGUAAAGAUUUUCAUGCACAUUUUUUUAAUAUCCGGAAAAUUAGAUGUCAUGCAUGUACCUUCUUAGAACCUAAGCACGCAUACUUAUAUAUUUUGGGAAAGAUGAUGGAUAGAGUUUUUCAGACAAUAAAUACAUAGUCGUUUAUUUAGUGGAUGUAGUUGUGUAAUUGUGAUCAUUUUUUGGGAUUUGUAUAUUUAACAAAAAAGUAAUUUCUUCAUUGUAAUUUGGGUGUUUUUGUUAUACUAUAUAUUGGAUGCUCUGUACAAUAAAUGUUGCACAAUUUUGUUGUCUAAUAAAAUGUGCUAACACA